AUGUCGCGUUUAUUAUGCUUCAUGACGAUGUUGUUCCUGGUGUCAAGCGCCUGUUUGACAAUCUUGUCACUAGCUUUCCAAGAUGUCCAAAGCCUUUGCCAAUCAUCUGAUGUAUUGUGGUUAUGGAGUGGCGCCUUGACGUCUCGUUCCAUCAGUUUCAAAUUUGGGUUACGCGAGGGUUACAAUUGUGCAGAUUCAGACUUUGUGUUGUACGCGUUUCCAGAGUUACUGGAAGGUGAGAAACCUCAUUCUGUUAUUGCCACAUGUAAUAAAGUCGAUGGAGGUGAAGAGGGGUACGGAGAAGAAAGAAGUUUAUCGUCUUACAAGACACCAAACGUCAAGGAGUGUAACCUCUUGAAACUUCCAUAUAGUAAUCGAAAAUAUCGCUAUGAAUUGAUCUUAUUCAGAUCUGGAGAAAACGUGAGAAAUGGAAGUUUCAUAACACCCAAAGCAGAAGGAAAUCCAUUUGAUUAUCGAGUGGUAUUUGCUUCCUGUGCUGAUGAAGUAUCAGAUCCAAAGGUUUUUGAAGAAAUUAAGAAAGAGAAGGCUCUGUUAUUCCUGCACACGGGAGAUCUCCAUUAUCAUAAUCUAGCAGUGAACAAUGUAGCGGCCUUUCGAGAUGGAUAUGAUUCCAUCUUUGCGUCGCCUGCGGGUAGAGCAAUGUUAGCGAUGGACGUGCCGUUUGCGUAUAUGUGGGACGACCAUGAUUUUGGUCCUGACAACAGUGAUUCGACCGCUCCUGGUCGGAAUGCGUCGGUACAAGCUUACCGGGAAUUUGUCCCGCACUACCCAUUGAUUGGAGGGAGGUCACGGACGAAUACGGUCCACCAAGCUUUUACAAUUGGUCGUGUGCGCUAUAUUCUGACGGAUCUCCGCUCUGCUAGAACGCCAAAUACAGCUCCUGAUGCACCGACCAAGACCGUGCUGGGUAAAAAGCAGAAGGCAUGGUUCAAGUCGGAGCUCGUUCGCGCAACUAGUGAUCCGGAUAUUCGAUUGAUUAUUUGGGUCAAUACCAUGCCGUGGCUGGACGACGAACGGAAGUGGGGACACUUUGGUCAUGAGCAGCAAGAACUCGUGAAUUUCAUCAAGGGAAACGGUCUCAACAAGUGGGUACCUAUUGUGAUCGUGAGUGGAGAUGCACAUAUGCUGGCAGUCGAUGAUGGUUCUCACAGCCCAGGAAACCUGACAGUACUUCACGCUGCUGCAUUAGGACGUCCUGGAUCUAUCAAAGGAGGUCCUUAUAGUCACGGAGCUUUUCCUGGUCCAGGUCAGUACGCUGUCAUGGAUGUCACUGACGAAGGCGGAAAGGAUGGCCGCGUCUGCCUUUACUAUCGUGGUAUGAACAUCUACAAAGGCAUGCUGAUCGAAUUUGAUACUUGCCACCCGGAGCGCACUCCCCCAGUGACGCCGUAUUAUCCACCUCCGAUCCCUGUGCGCAUUAUGAUGCGAAUAUGCAAGAAAGCCAAGAGAUAUACUGGUUUUAUGGCAAUUGCAGCCGUCGCUAUUGUUGCACUUCUUGUCUAUAGAAGCAGACGUCAGCGUGCUAUCAACACCAAGAAACACAGCUAA